AAAUUCAGCCUCACUUCUUCCCAUUUCUGUUUUGGGAGUUGAGCCUCGGUGGCUUCGGGAGGAGAAGAAGAGGCUAUCAAAUUAGUGACUUCUGGCCAUGCGCUCUGGAAAGUGAUCUCUCGCACCUGUUUUUCACCACUUCACCAUGGCUGGUUUAGUAUUUCCACACGGUUUGUUCACCCUGCUGCUCGGACUGAGUCUGCGAGGCCCCUCACGAUCUUUGGGGUACAAUAUAGAUCCUUCUCCAGCGAUACUCUUCUCAUCAAACCACAGCAAGCACUUUGGCUAUCAGGUCCUUCAACUUGGAAAAGGCGCUGACGCAAGGGUCAUUGUAGGAGCCCCCGGUGAGCAGAACUCGACAGGCAAAGUGUACCAGUGUAAUUUGAAGAGCCAAGAAUGUGAGGACAUUCCACUUGAGGAGAACUCUCCGGUACCCCAUCUCGGCAUGACCCUGGCAAGCAAUAUGCAGGGAAAUAAAAUGAUUGCAUGUAGCCCAGGCAUUGAACAACACUGUGACAAAAAUCUUUAUGUAAGUGGAAUCUGCUACCUGUUUGACACCAACCUGCAUAACCCCAAGAACAUAACAACUGGAUAUCAAAAGUGCCUGAAAGGAAAAGUGGACCUGGUGUUUCUUUUUGAUGGGUCAGCAAGCAUGAAAACAUCUGAAUUCAUGACUAUCAAGGAGUUCAUGAUUGACGUCAUGAAAGAAUUGUGGAACAGUUCUGUGCAUUUUGCUGCCGUGCAGUUUUCAGAAGAUGCCAAACUCGAAUUUGAUUUUAACAACUAUACCAGCAAUCCAAAUCCUGAAAAGCUCUUGGCCAAUGUUAUUCAUGCUGAGCAAAUAACAAACACCUUCAAAGCUAUCAAAUUUGUGGCAAAUGAAGUCUUCAUUCCCGAACGUGGGACCCGAAAAGAAGCAAACAAAGUGAUUGUCAUCAUCACGGAUGGGGACGCCUCAGACAGGGACAGGGGACAUAUAGAAGCUGUCAAGAAAAAGAACAUUUUGCGCCUAAUCAUUGGGAUUGGUAAUCACCUUAAUGCAGCUGAGUCCCAAAAGAAUCUCAAACGGAUUGCCUCAGAACCCACAAGUCAAUUUUUUAAAAUUCUUGCCAGCUUUGAUCAGCUCAAAGACAGUUUCAAUGAUCUCCAGUCUAAUAUCUUUGCCAUUGAAGGUACCAGUGACAGCAGAUCCUUCCACCUGGAAUUGUCAUCAAGCGGAUUCAGUGCAGAUAUAUCCCAGGAUCGCGUGAUUCUUGGUGCUGUGGGUGCUGACAACUGGGCUGGGGGCAUUUUGGAGCAGCAGCAGGAUUUUGCCGGUGAAAGAUUCAUCACAACUCCCUCAGUCCGGAAAGAGAUGGAAGGGGCCUACUUGGGGUACACACUCAGUUUUCUCCAGCAUCAUCAGAAAGCAUUCUACGCCGUUGGUGCCCCUCGAUACCAACAUAUGGGAAGGGUCCUCAUAUUUGAGGUCGAUGCCAAAACUCAGAACUGGACUUUAAAGCAAGAAAUUAAAGGGCAACAGACUGGAUCCUAUUUUGGAGGGGUGCUUUGUGCCGUGGACAUAGAUGGUGACCAAGAAACAGACCUGCUGCUUAUCGGGGCCCAGCAAUAUUUCACUGAAACGAGAGGAGGCCGGGUUUAUGCAUAUGGAUGGGAAGAGGAUAAUCUCGUUCUCCUUGGAGAAUUUAAUGGGGAUUUAGGAUACCCCUUGGGCAGAUUUGGAGCAGCCAUCACAGAUCUGGCAGAUGUCAAUGGGGAUGGACAGACGGACGUGGCUAUAGGAGCUCCCUUAGAGGAUGGAGACAGGGGAGCUGUCUACAUCUACAACAGCCAUGAGAAGACUCUGCCUAUGGAGUACAGCCAGAGAAUUACUGGAGGCAGCAUUUCUCCUGGCCUGAGAUACUUUGGACAAUCCAUCUAUGGAAAGACAGACCUCAGUGGAGAUGGUCUCACCAGCAUUACAGUGGGAGCCCUGGGAAAGGUGAUGGUGCUGCAAUCCAGACCAAUUGUUAACGUGGCCACACAAGUGACUUUCGAGCCCAAUGAAAUUCCAGUGAAAGAUGUUGAAUGUUCUGGGAAUAGCAAACCCUGGCAAAAUAUAAAUUUGAAACUCAGGAUCUGCUUCAAUAGCAGCUUUGCCACGGAGAGAUACACAGGACAUCUUUCUGCAAAACUCUUGUUCCGCUUGGAGAUUGACCCAGACAGGGUGAAGUACCGAGGAGAAUUUAGGAAUGGCAAGAGUAUUCUAAAUGGGGACAAAGAAAUCUCUCUAAAGCCAGUGUGCAUAUUGGAGGCAAUUAAUAUCACGAACUGCAUUGAGGAUUACUUGUCAGCCAUUAAGCUCCUUGUGAAUUUGUCCCUUGAGGAAGAUGGUGUGCUGAAGAGUGGAUCUCCCAGGCCUAUUCUGAAUCCUUUAAGCAAUAGGACAAUGGUAGAGAUUCCUUUUGACAAGAACUGUGGAACAGAUGACGUGUGUGUGGCUGACCUGAAAAUCACCUUCCAUUCUUCAGGGUCUAAGGAACUGGUUGUAUCUCCUCAAUAUCCGCUAGAAAUGAAUUUGGAACUGGUGAAUCAGCGGGAAGAUGCCUAUUUUACAAUGCUCUACGUGCCCCUGUUGCCAGGCCUUUCUUUCCGCAAACAUUCAGUGCUGAAAUUCAAUGCUCUCGUCAUCCUGCAGUGUAAUGCAAUGCUACAUCGUCAGGACUUUCAAGGCCUUGCUUGCAACGUCAGUCACCCCAUCUACAGGAAUAGCACAAAGGCUUUGAUUCAACUUCAGUUUGGUGUGCUUGACAACACUGCCUGGAAAGAAAACUUGGAGAUGGUGGCGUAUGUCACUAGUGAGAACGAGGAGAAUGAAACCCUUCAAAACAACAGAGCUCUUCUUAGCAUCCCUGUGAAGUACCCCAUCAACAUCAUUGUCAAGAGGUUAGAAACAUCUAACCAAUACAUUGAAUUCAGUUCUGAACGGCAAGAAAACAAGACCGUGACACAUUCCUACCAAGUAACUAACUGGGCCCUGGGGGCAUUCCCACCACCUAAAGUAUUGGUGUAUGUCAAAGUGCCAACUAAAAUUCUUUCUGGACUGAUAUGGAAGAUUGAUAAAAUCCUAACUGAGGAUCCUAAUGUGAAUUGCCAGCCUGAAACGAACAUGACCGUAAGGAAUUAUCCCACGUUAAUUAAGCACUGUGCAAUUGAUGGAUAUCUUAUCUACAAAUGUGAUCUUGGACAGAUAAAUUCAUCUACGAUCCAUAUUACUGGGAUGAUGUUUACACAAAACAAAUCAGAGCAAUCUCUUCAGGCCAAGCUUUGCACAGCCUUGUGGGUUGAAUUUGAUACCGGAAGAUAUAAAAAUGUCUACAGUCAUGAAUUUGCUCAGAUUCAGGUCACAGACAUAGAAGUGAUAAUUAUGAUGAAUUAUCUCCCAAUUAUAAUAGGCAGUGCCAUUGGAGGCUUGGUCUUACUUGUUCUCUGCAUUGUAGUACUUUACAAGUGUGGGUUCUUCAAACGGAAUUAUAAACAGAAGAUAGAACUUGAAGGAGAAAAUGAGAAUGCUGUGCAAGCAGCUGACAAUCUAGAAGAUGGUGCAGAGAAGGAAGAUUCUAAGACCGAGAAAGAAAACCAAAGCAAUCUCCUUACAGAACCAUUGAACACAGAAAAUGAGACCCAAUGAUCAGAUCAUGUUUCUCUCCAGAGACUACAGCCAGGCUAUCUGUUAUAAAUGCUCA